AAUUAACAAAUUUUUGAAAAAAUGGCGGAAGCUGAAGAAACUAGAGACGAGGAAACUCAGGAAGAAAGUGUUAGUAUAUUCGAAGGAUCCUUUUACACAGUGGAGCAGAGAUUAGAAACAUUUAAAGGAUCAUAUUGGCCGUAUGAAACAGGGAAAUGCACUCCAUUGAAGAUGGCAGAAGCUGGUUUCUACUUUUGUGGUACAUCCUCUACUCCAGACUGGGUCCGAUGCAUUGUGUGCCAUCAUGAAAUGGAUGGAUGGGAAGAAACAGACGAUCCAUGGGAGGAGCAUUGUGCACACAGUCCUAACUGUUAUUAUUUAAAGAAGGCAAAGGAUCCUUAUAAGAUAACUGUAGGAGACGUGAUAGAAAUGGAGAAGGAGGCAAUUAAAUGUUAUGUGGUAUGCUUACUGUGCACUGUACCUUCUUCAUUGCAUUAUGUCUAAUCUUAAUGAUUAUGAUUUUCUUCCAAUAAAUGGCUUCAAAAUCACCCCAAAUUUUUAUUACAUUUUCUGAUGCAUA